AUGCGUGCGGCCAUGGCCAGUGCCGAGGUGGACGACGACGUAUUAGGCAACGAUCCGACAGCCGCUCGUCUGGAAAAACGGAUGGCGGGGAUAAUGGGCAAGGAGGCGGCUUUAUUUGUGCCCUCGGGCACUAUGGCAAACCUAAUAUGUGUUCUCACGCAUUGCCAGAUGAGGGGCAGUGAGGUCAUUCUCGGAGAUUACUCUCAUAUUCAUAUCUAUGAAAACGGAGGCAUCUCUACUAUAGGGGGCGUUCAUCCGAGGACUGUCGAGAACAACGACGACGGGACAAUGGACAUUGACCUUAUUGAAGGAGCUAUAAGAGAUCCUAGCUUCGAGAUAUGUUAUCCCACUACAAGGCUCAUUUGCUUGGAGAAUUCACAUGCACAUUCUGGUGGAAGAUGCCUGUCUGCUGAGUACACAGACCGAGUUGGAGAGCUAGCAAAGAAGUAUGGGUUAAAGCUUCACAUUGAUGGGGCUCGCAUCUUUAAUGCAUCUGUGGCUCUCGGAGUACCCGUUCACAGGCUUGCACAGGCUGCUGAUUCGGUCACAGCUUGCCUGUCAAAAGGUCUUGGUGCUCCAGCUGGCACUAUCAUUGCAGGUUCAGAAACUUUCAUUGCCAAGUUCGCCGCCGCAGGGUCAAGACUCAAUCGGUGUUUUUGGGCCACCAAAGUCGUCCGGGAAUGGUCGACGGCGAAUUGGGGCCACCGGAGUCGUCCCUGCAAGCGUCGCUCGAGUUCACAUACCGAGUUCACUGGAGACGUGUCGGAAUCGCGCAAACCAUAUGGCGGAGGAGUAGGAGGUCGACAAUAUACAUAUGAACAUGGUGGUUGUGGCCGGCGAUGUGGCUGUGAUUGUGGUUGUCCGUUCGCAGGUGUGGCGGAGCUGAUGGUGGUUGGAGGCGUUUGCAGUCUAUGA